AUGCCUAUCGGAGAGCAAGACAAGGGUGCUGAGGGUGCCGCAAAGGGCGUCACUUCUACUCUCGGCAAUGCCGCAGGAGGUGUGAGCCGCACAGUUGGAGGACUCGUUGGCACUGCAGGCCGUGGCCUCGGAGACACUAUCAACAACACCACUGGCACCAAGCAGGUCGGUGAUGGCCUUCAAUCCGUCACUGGUGGUAUCGAGGAUGGCGCCACGAAUGUUGGCAAGGGCGCUGAGAACGCUGGACAGUGGAAGAAGUAG